AUGGACAAGACGCCCGCCCAGCCCGCACCCCGGUUGUUCUCCCUGCAGGGCCGGACCUGCCUCGUCACCGGCGCGACGCGAGGCAUUGGAGCGGCGUGCGCGAUUGCCCUCGCAGAGGCAGGCGCGUCGAUCUGCCUCGUCCAGCGCGCCCCGAGCCCAGGAGCCGAGGAGAACCUCGACACCUUCCGCGCCAUCAAGGCCCUCGGCGCCCCCGUCCAGCUCGUCCACUGCGACCUCGGCGACCUCGACGCCGUCAAGACUCUCUUCGACAAGGCCCUGGCCGCUGUGGGCGGAGAAAUCCACGUCCUCGUCAAUUGCGCGGGCAUCCAGCGGCGAUCGCCGGCAGUCGACUUCCCCGAGCAAGACUGGGACGACGUUCUCAACGUUAACCUCAAAUCCGCCUGGCUCCUCGCCCAAUCUGCCGGCCGACACAUGGUCCCACGCCGGCGGGGCAAGAUCAUCAACUUCUGCUCGCUGCUCACCUUCCAGGGCGGCCUCACCGUGCCCGCCUACGCCGCCGCCAAAGGCGCCCUCGGCCAGCUCACCAAAGCCCUCUCCAACGAGUGGAGCCAGCACAACGUCCAGGUGAACGGCAUCGCCCCGGGCUACAUCGCGACCGAUAUGAACGAGAAGCUGCUCGCGGACCCGGUCCGCCUGCGCCAGAUUUCCGAGCGUAUCCCCGCCGGCAGGUGGGGAGAGCCCAAAGAUUUCGCCGGACCUGUGGUGUUCCUCGCGAGCGACGCGAGCCAAUACGUAUGCGGAGAGCUACUCCUCGUCGAUGGAAAGACCAUGGGGUGA